AUGAUCCCCCCUUCAAGUGCCAAACGAAAUUGCAUUGAAUCGGAAUUACCAAACACCAAUCAACGAUACGGCAACCGAACAUUCUCGACAUUUACGCCAGCGGAACAAGAAGAACUUCGGCGUAAGGCUUCGAAGAUUUACGAAGGUGCCACAUUUCAAAGCUUUGAUGAAUUCGAAGAAUAUUUGGAAGCCUACAAAAUUGUAUGGAAUUAUCCGUACAGGAGAGCCAGUUCUGAACAUCUCCGAGAUGGCGAAGGACGUAUAAUUAACCGUUUCAAAUAUAAAUAUGUAGUGUUUCACUGCGCUCACUAUGGGCUUCCACGAGGCGGUAAACGUCCAAAUCAGAGUUACCUUCCAUUAGGUUGCCAAGCGAGAUUUCGUUUAAAUUCUGACACAACCAAUGGCUGUCUUCGGAUUUCGUCUUUCCACAAAGAACAUAAAAAUCACGACAGCACUGAAGAAGACUAUUUGCGCGUUAUAAACAAAAAGAGGCGAAAUCUAACUGGCAAGUUCAUCGAAAAAGUAACGCCGACAUAUAACAAUGAGGAAACGAUGUUAAACGUAAAUGAGUGUGCAACCGCGCCUAAAAUCGCAGAGGACAAUUCAUCUCCGGGAAAUUCCACUUUCCAAAUCUCAUCCCAAGAAAACUCCGCCUUUGUGGCAGUUACUCAUUCUGUGAAAAAGGACGACGAAACACACCAAAUUCCUCCGAUAGAUUCUAUUCUGCAAGAAAUAUUUGCAACUCGGCUAUCGGAUCGAUUAAAGCGCGUAGAAUAUUUGAUCAUGAACGCUUAUAUCAUCAAUUGUGGACGAUACCUCCCACUGGAAGUAUACCUACCGUUUAUCUGUGGGAUAUAUGGCGCUGAUUAUCAUCUAUCGGAAUGGUCAAAUGCACAACUGAGAAAUGUUAUGGCAUUACUUCAGCAACCACCAGAGAUGCUGCUUCAGGGCUUAUUGCCUAGCGAUAUUUCAAUAAAUGAAGUAAAGCAAGUUCGACCGCCGGGCAUUCAACGUGCAAUCACGGCUAUCAGAGAAGAAAAACUGAAG